AGGAAACGCUUCAACAAAAACAUCUUUAACCCAAAAUUUGCUCCAUAAAUCAACAGUCUAUUUGAUCCACUUUGUGACUGUCAAUACAUAAUUUGAUGUAAUUUAUCACAUGUUUAAUAUAUUUGUCUUUAAUAAUAUUUGUCAUCUUUGAACAUUUAAUGAAAUGAAAAUAGUGAUUAAGUGAACAUCUCAAGUGACCAUUUUUACUGAUUAAACUGGAUCUUAUACCUUGACCAACCAUCAACAUGUUGAUGUUGUUCAUAAUUAGCAAUAUAAAUGGAAGCAUAUUUUCCAUUAGUGACUGUUAUUACCACAAAUUAUUGUCUAAUUGUAUAAUCAUUUGUUAACCUUUGACUCUCUGUGAUUCUCAUUAAUAUCUUAUUAUUAAAUCUGAAGCAAGUUGAUUGUUGAUUAAUAAUUUGCUGUGCUUUUUGUGCUGUCAACAGCAAAUUCAAGCUUCAAGCUGUUGUCCAACUUCACAUGUGUUUAUGUUAAAUUAUGUUUUACUCAUCACUCUUGUUAAACUAUUUUCUUGCCUCUUUAAUCAACCCAAUUGUUUCAUUAAAUUGCUCAACAACCUCAGAUCAAUAUUUAAUAACAUCAUUAACCUCACCAUCAACACCAUCAACAACAAGCCAAGGAACAACAGCAACAGCAUUAGUUGAAGAUGCUUCAAUGAUCAACCCAAUGGAAAGUGAAUUUGAUACAAAUAAUGAAACAAUUUGUCUUUCGGGUGAAUUCAGAUGUAAUGAUCUUUGUAUUGAAGAUGUGCUUCGAUGUGAUACCAAAAGUGACUGCUCUAAUGGUCAAGAUGAGCUAAACUGUGAAAGUUACAUUUGCCCAUCGAAUCACAUUAAGUGUGAUAACCAUUUUUGCAUUUCCAUCGAUCGAGUUUGCGAUUUCGUCGACGAUUGUGGCGAUGGAAGUGAUGAACAAAAUUGCACUUUUCGUCAAUGUUGGUAUCAAGAGUUCAGAUGUAAAAACGAGCAAUGCAUUCAAGGGUAUCGUGUUUGUGAUGGCAAAGUUGAUUGUGUUGAUGGAUCAGAUGAAGCCUAUUGUGAUGAGAAGAGUCACUUCAAGGAUUGUGGCGAUGGCAAUCGAGCUCACAAGUCAGUUUGGUGCGAUGGUUACGUCAACUGUCCGAAGAACCAUGCCGAUGAAUUGAAUUGCAGAAAUUGUUCUUCCGAUGAAUUUAGCUGUUCAAAUACUCGAUGCAUUCCCAGUUCAAGUGUUUGUAAUACAAUUUGUGAUUGUGUCGAUAAUUGUGAAGAUGAAGUUGAUUGCAAACAAUUUUAUCAUCAAGUAAAUGGUCUCAAGUUUUGCAAUACAAAUGUUACCUUCGCUUGUCCAUGGGAUGGUCCAUGUGUUACAAUUGACAGCAUUUGUAACAACAUUUCCAACUGUCCAUAUGAUGAUGCAUAUUCUGGUGCACUUGAUGAAUACGGAUGUGGAAUAACCAAAGAGAAAUGUGAAACUUUUGGAAAUGGCUUUUGGUGUCCUGAGGAACGGUGCAUUUCAGCUUCAUUAAAGUGUAACUUUAUUCCUGAAUGUUUAAACGGUGAAGAUGAACUUGAUUGCUUCUCUGAACCUUGUGAUAAAUUUCAGUGCAAGAAUGGACAGUGUAUUGAUUUCGAUAAGCGUUGUGAUUCAAAGAUUGAUUGCUUUGACAAAUCGGAUGAACUGGAUUGUCAAAAUUAUCCUUGUCCUGAUGAUUGGGUUCAAUGUGCAUCAGGUCAAUGCGUUAAACGCAGCUUUUGGUGUGAUUAUACUGAGGACUGUUUGGAUGGGUCUGAUGAAGCUUACUGUGAUUAUAAGUCGAAUCCACCUGAAUGUGAUCCAUUAACUGAAUACACCUGUAAAAAUGGUCAAUGCAUUAAGCUACUUAAUCGUUGUUUGGUCACUCAAGACAGACGAGAUUCUUGUUCAGAUGGAUCUCAUUUGGUUAAUUGUUCCGAUUACAUUUGUCCAACUAAUUCAAUUAAAUGUGCCAACUCAUUUUGUGUUCAUUCAUCUUUGGUCUGUGAUAAAAAGAUUGAUUGUCUUCGCAGUUGGACAGACGAAGAAGGUUGUCCUUUCGUUUGUUCGUCAACUUUAUGUCCUUGCAUUGAUAUCGUCAUAAAUUGCACCAAUUUUGGCAUCAAUUAUAUUCCAGACGACAUUGAAACGGGAAUCUCGAGAAUCAUCAUGAGAGGCAACAAUUUAGGGUCCAAUUUAACCCAAUCAACAUUCGCCAAACUUGACACCAAAAUGGUCUACAUUGACCUGAGUAACUGUUCGAUCCAAAGACUGGAAUCUGGAGUUUUUCAAAGCCUUAAUCUUCUCAAAGUUUUAGUUCUGAGUGACAAUCAAAUCACUGAACUUACAAAUGAAAAUAUAUUCGCCGGAUUGAUAAGUCUAAGAACAAUUUUUUUAGAUGGCAAUGGAAUCAAAAUGAUUGCUUCUUAUGCAUUCAAAGGACUUUCAGGAAUCAAAUCCCUAGAUUUGGCUAAUCAACAAUUGACGAUAAUAAAGCGCAAUACAUUUAAUGGAAUGCGUUCUCUGGUUACUCUCGAUUUAUCAAACAAUCAAUUGUUCUACCUCGAAGAAGGAUCCUUUACUGGUUUGAUUAAAUUAACAUCAUUAGAUUUGACUGGAAACAAGUUCAGUGAAAUGGGAACCCAAGUGUUCACUGGUUUAACCAAUCUUAAAAAAUUAUCGACCGACGAAUUUAGAUUUUGCUGUUUAGCUCGUCAUGUACAGAACUGUCUUCCCGAACCCGAUGAAUUUUCUUCGUGUGAAGAUUUACUUUCCAACCUGGUUUUGCGAAUUUGCAUCUGGAUCUUGGGCGUUCUAUCGAUUGUCGGCAAUUGCAUGGUCAUAUUUUGGCGAACAAUGCAUCGCUACCGAGCAGCCGUCUCUUCCUUUUUAAUCGCCAACCUGGCCAUUGGCGACCUUCUUAUGGGCGUCUAUUUGAUCAUUAUUGGAACAGUCGACUUUACUUAUCGAGGAAAAUACUUCAUCCAUGAUGCUCACUGGCGUUCAUCGAAAAUGUGCCAAUUAGCCGGCUUCAUAUCAACACUUUCCUCUGAACUUUCCGUCUUCACCUUGACCGUAAUCACUAUUGACCGUUUCCUUAGGAUAACCUUUCCAUUGAGAUUCCAUCGUUUCAAGAUGACCAAUGCUCGCCUUGUUAUACUGGCCACUUGGGUGUUCACUGUGAUACUUGCUGGAGUGCCUUUACUUGAUAUUAAAUAUUUUGACAACUUUUAUGGUCGAUCGGGCGUUUGUUUGUCCCUUCACAUAACCAACCAAAGACCAAAUGGUUGGGAAUAUUCAGUUUUUGUUUUUUUGGUCCUCAAUUUUAUCUCUUUCACAACCAUUGCCAUUGCCUACAUUUGGAUGUUUACUGUUGCCAAGAACACUCGAAGUGCUUUAAAAUCGUCCGACAUUCGGCUUAGCUCCACCAUGGCAAAGCGCAUCAUGCUCAUUGUCAUGACUGACUUUUGGUGUUGGAUGCCAAUCAUUGCUCUUGGAGUUAUUUCACUGAAUGGUGUAAAGCUUCCUCCUCAAGUAUUUGCUUGGGUUGCUGUAUUUGUGUUGCCUUUGAAUGCAGCCAUGAACCCAAUACUUUAUACAAUCUCAACUUUACCCUUUUUUAAACGAACGUAUAGUCGAAGUGCUCAGGAAUCAAAGAGCUCAGUUGUAUUAAAGAAUGGUCGAUCAAAGUCAGUGAUUCAACGGAAAAAUUAUCGAGCCAAACAUCAUUACUUUUUCAACAGCAAGUGUAACGCAAAUGUACACACAAAUAACAGUAUAAUUGUAAAUGAUGCCAAUAACAACGCCAAUAAUAUCAAUAAUCCGAGUCACCAAUCAAUCCGAAAUCAAAACAGUUUGAAUGGAAGCUUUUGCCAUCGAAACAAUUCAAUUAACCAACGUAAAAAUACUUAUGCCUUGCGGAGGCAACAAUCUUCUGUAUCUUCUUCGUCUUCAUUGGCUUUGACUCCAGUGGCACCAUUGACUCCGCGAAUGUCACGUAAAUCAUCCAAAAGUAUUUACUUCGAGCCUAACCAGUGCAAUUAAAUGAAAAACAAAUUGUAAAUUAAAUAAAAAUUGAAAUUCGUUAAAUUUUCUUUCUUACAUUUUCCAUUGUAUUACAUGUACAUAUCGAUACACUUGAGGUUUCCAAGUUUUCCUGGUUAAAGCUAUUUUUCACUCAACUAUGUAUUUAAAUCAUAAUUAAACAAAUUUUAUCCAUUAA